AUGCCUAGAAAAUUCAACAAGAAGAACGCCCAGACGUUCAGCGUGGUCCACAGAGCCCACGACGAUGCUUUGUACUAUGACAACGACGCUUCCACCCACGUGCUUGUGCCUGCACCCUCCAAGUCCAAGCAGGGCCAGGCCCCCCCUCUCACCAAGAAGAUAUACUCUACACAAGAGUUAGCUCAGAAACUUGCUCCAGAAGAAGUCAAGGCCAUCCGAGAAAAUGAAGGAUUGGCUGCUCAGUACGGAAUCUAUUUCGAUGACUCCAAAUACGAUUACAUGCAGCAUUUGAGGCCAAUUGGAGAGAGCGAAGAUGGUGUGUUCAUAGAGGCCAACAAGAAGGAAGAAAAGAAGAAGGUGGGAAACAUCGAGGACCUCUUUCGUGACCAAUUGCCAUCCAAAGAGAAGAGAAAGAUCAAGCUCGACGAGUUGGAGAACAUUCCUAGUCAGCUCAAAGGGUUCAACCCAGACAUGGACCCUAGAUUAAGAGAGGUGUUGGAGGCUUUGGAGGAUGAAGCAUACAUAGACAACGAUGCUGCAGAGGAGGGGGACGAUGUGUUUGCCGACUUGUUGCAAUCGGGAGAGAUCGACGAGGAAGACGAGGACUACUACGGAUCAGAAUACGACAAUGACUACGAUGAAUGGGACAUGGAUAACUACGAAGAUGAGUACAACGAGAAGUACAACUCCGACAACUACGAGGAGCAAUACGAGGAGGCUGAGUUGCCCUACAACGAAGGCGAGGCCCCCGCAGAACUCGACACCACCGAUGUCAAGCUCAUAAAUACCAACUGGCAAGACGACUUCAUGAAGUUCAAGCAUGCCACCAAGAAUAAGACCAACGAGUGGGACUCGGACAACGAGGAGGAGGAAGAGGAUGACGUGGUCGCCGAGUUGCCCAGCUUCAGCCAGACUGGCAAGUCGAAGAAAUCCAAGAACAAAUUGAGAAAGAAGAAGGGUGCGAUGACAGACACCUCGUCGUUUUCGAUGACGUCUUCUGCGUUGUUCAGAAGCGAGGGAUUGACUCUUUUGGACGACAGAUACGAGCAAUUGGCCAAGAAGUUCGAGGAGGACGAAGAGCCAGAGGAGUACCAGCACUUCGACAUGGGCAGCGAGAGACAUGACCUUGAGUCCAUGCUUGACGACUUCUUGGACAACUACGAGUUGGAAGGAGGAGGCAGAAAGUUGGUCAAGAAGAACGAGGACAGAGCCAAGCUCCAGGAGGCGGCAGAUGCCGCUUCCAAGAGCAAGGUGGCCGCGCGCAGGAAGAAGGAGAGGGAGACAAGCGACCCAUUGGGGCGCUUGGGGUCCAGCUUCGGCAAGAUGAACCUCUAG